AUGUUUAGACUUACUAGACAUUUACCAAAGAGAUUAUAUACCACCAAAGUUGCUGUUGACGAGCAUUGCUUGCCUCUCAAGCCAACAUGGUCUAUCAAAUCACUGCUACAAACCUCAGCAGAGCCCAUUUCAGACAAACAAUUCAAGCAUUUGCUUAAUCUGGCCCAACUUUCUAUACGAGAUAAACAGCAUGAAUUGAAACUAAAGGCGGAAAUUGAUCAACUCACACAAUUUACAGACAACAUCAAGCAAUGGAAUGCUUCUGUCGAUAAACCCUUGACUCACAUUUGGAAAGAGGAUGUUGGACAGAUACUACGAGAUGAUGAUGAGAUAGAAUCAGGCACAGAAGCGCGUGGUAGAGAUCUGCUGAAACUGGCACAGAAGAAAAGCGGCAAUUUUUAUGUGGUGAAAGGCUCUAUGCCAUCUUCAGAAGACUAA